AUGGCCAACCAGAAGAAAUGUUUAAAAUGUUCAACUAAUGAGGUUGUUGAUACAGACAUAACGAGGCUGGCAAGACUAGGGAAAAAAGUGACGAUGCUAUUCUUCGUCGUGUGGGGGUUGAAUCAUGAUUUAACGAUUGAACAGCGAAAGGAAAUCAAAACCCUGACAGACGAGGCAAAGGAAAACUCGGACAAAGAAAAAAAUGGUGAUGAAAGUAUAAAUGAUUUAGAAAGAAAGACGAGCGGCAGAAAAAUCAAAGACUUCGAUCGAAAAGACGAAAAAAGAGAUAAAAUUUAUGUUCUUAUUUUAACUGAAACCUGGCAUAGAUCUCACGACGAAAUAUCUGUUUUAUCUGCCAAACCUGCAGAGUACAGUUAUGUUGAUUACCUUAGACCAUAUGAUGCUAAUCAUGGAGGAUUAAUAAUUUACUUUAGGUCUAUUCUUAAAUUUAAAAGACUGGAACUACCACAAUUAAAUACUUUUGAAGCCAUCGCAUUAAAAAAUAUAUGCAAUCGGAACGACUACUUAUUCCUGGCCAUCUAUAGACCUGGGUCAUUGCCUGUCACUCCUAUGUUUUUUAAGGAACUGUCAUCUGUUUUGGAGAGUAUGACAAUAUUAACUUUCAAUUUAGUUGUUGCAGGUGGCGUAUUAGACCUGAUUGCCAUUCCUUGUGAUAUUCUUACCUCUGAAAUACAAGUAUUUCCAAGUGGAAUUUAUUCCGAUCAUGGUCUAGUUGAAGUGACCCUAAUGAAGGAGGCGGGUACCGCUGCCUUAAGAGCCGCAGACUUUAAAAAUUCAAAAUAUGCGGCUCUUGCAGAUAGCAAAAUUUUUCAGCCAGUCUGUAUUGAGACCUUUGGUCCAACCGAUUUUCAGACUCAGAGUUUUCUGAAUGAACUCUGUAGCAGGAUUGUAGAAGUAUCGGUUCUCAAGGAACCAUCCGGCAUUUCUGCGCAUGAUGGUAGGCGCCCGGACGGAUGCACACUAAUACCUUGGAGAGCCGGUAGAUGUUUGGCGUGGGAUGUUACGGUCCCUGGCACCCUUGCCGAACGAUAUGUAAACCUGACAAGUAAAGAAUGCGGUUUGGCCGCGGCCAGGGCAGCGGACGAGAAAAUGAAAAAAUAUGGGAACGCCCUCCCCUAG